CGGCGGACGAGUGGGACGGCGGGUACUUGGCGAGCUGGUACUCUACGGUUUGGGUGCAAUCAGCGAAACAACGAUGACCAGCAGAUGCACAACAGCAGUCGUUCUCUCUACAUAAUGGACAUGAAAUCUCGGGCCAAAAAGGCAUUUCAUCCUGCUCGGCCAGAAUCACAAUACAGGGUGGCUGGCUCAACAUCCUCGCUGUCGAGUAUAGGGGAGUGCGGGUUACACACACGUCGUCGUCGUUGCUCGCCAUGUCAUGGGGCGGAUGAGGCGACAAGGCCUCUGCAGCCGUUGGUUGUGGCGCGACACGACAUCAACGCCAGCGUCCCGCCGACUCGAAAAUGCACCCAAAGCCCACCGAAAAUCCACACGGCCUCACACGGAGCGAUAUGCAGCAGCGAGGAGCGAGAGCAGGGAACAGGGGCCGCGGCAUGGGGUACAAAACGGUUCGUUCGCUUAACCAUGGCGCCUGGGCCUUUAAUCAAAGCCCGUGGGCCUUCGCCGCGCUGCACCGUGCCGUCGAAGAAGGCUGACGCCUUGUCUUGGCGUCUUUACUCGAGAAUCCUGCUCCGAGGUGUUUGUCUUACUCCGGAGCAUUCAUCAAGCAGAAACGACGUCCCGCGAGAAUAGAACUUGUUUCGUCGUUUCCAGGUCGGCCUCAUGCUAGCCCGAGAGCUGGCCACCAUGACGUGGACCAACGCCAUGUGCAUGCACCUAGGAUCGACAGCCACCGCACGAUCCGGGUGCAGGUUUUGCUCAAUCCCGUGUCCAAU